AUGUCCUCUGCACAGCAACGCCUCUCGUCCAUCGCUGGACACUUGUCCGGUGUCUCGCCGGCCAAGCAGCGACUGCUUGCAAAGAAUCCUGACGAUGUGGUCAUCACCCUCGCCGUGAGAACGCCUCUCACCAAGGCAAAGAAAGGAGGCUUGAAAGACACCCAGCUGGACGAUCUGUUGAUUUCGCUGUUGACGACCGUCCGCGAAAAAUCACACCUCGACCCCAACCUCGUCGAGGACGUCUGUCUGGGCAACGUGCUGCAUCCUUCCGCCGCCUACGUCGCCCGUUCCGCCGUGCUGGCCGCCGGCUUCCCCGAGACCACGGCCGCCUCGGUGGCCAACCGGUUCUGCUCGUCGGGCCUGCUGGCCAUCCAGCAGAUCGCCAACCAGAUCAUCGCCGGAUCGAUCGACAUCGGCAUCGCCGUCGGCGCCGAGAGCAUGAGCACCAACGCCGACAACGGCGCGCCGGCCUUCUCGCAACAGAUCCUGGCGCACCCGCUCGCGUCGCAGAACCUGCAGCCCAUGGGCCAGACGUCGGAGAACGUGGCGGCGCAGUUCAACAUCUCGCGCCGCGCGCACGACGAGUUCGCCGCCCGCAGCUUUCAGAAGGCGGAGCGCGCGCAGAAGGCGGGCUGGUUCGACGAGGAGAUCGUGCCCGUGCGCACCAAAGUCAAGGACCCCAAGACGGGCGAAGUGAAGGACAUCGUCGUCGACCGGGACGACGGCAUCCGGUACGGCACGACGGUCGAGUCGCUGAGCAAGAUCCGCCCGGCGUUCCCGCAGUGGCCGCCUUCGUCGACAACGGGCGGCAACGCGAGCCAGAUCACGGACGGCGCGGCGGCGGUGGUGCUGAUGAAGCGGUCGCGCGCGCUGGAGCUGGGGCAGCCGAUCCUGGGCAAGUUCGGGGGCGCGACGGUGGUUGGGCUGGAGCCGCGCAUCAUGGGCAUUGGGCCGUCGAUUGCCAUUCCCAAGAUUCUGGCCAAGACGGGGCUGACCAAGGAGGAGGUGGAUAUCUUCGAGAUUAACGAGGCGUUUGCGUCGAUGGGCGUCUACUGCGUCCAGAAAUUAGGCCUGGACGAAUCCAAGGUUAAUCCGCGAGGAGGAGCCAUCGCCAUUGGCCAUCCCCUCGGCUGCACAGGAACGCGACAGGUCGUCACUGCGCUGGCCGAGCUGCGGAGACAGAACAAGCGGAUUGCCGUGACAUCGAUGUGUGUAGGGACGGGCAUGGGCAUGGCAGGGAUUUUUGUGUCGGAGCAUUAA